AUGCAGAUGGACAAAAUGUCCAGUCACAGAUACACCAACGCGCCAAUCCUCUUAAGAACCUGCCACCGACACGGCCUGCUUCGCUGUCAUCCCCUCCUGUACAGGCAUGUGGGUCACACACAGCCUACCCUCUCUGCGACCACCCGCGCGCGCGUGCCCUCGUGCGCAUGCGUCCAGCACUUGGGGCGAGCGAAGGCGCUUUCUUUCAGUGAAAACCGCUAUGUCCCUGGCAAAUUCAAGCCAGUGUCAGGGCGUGUUGGAACAGUGGAGAGGUCGGCCCGCGUCCGCUCCGGCGGACGUGAAGUUGGUUGGAACAUCACCGCUCGGCACGGCGUCCCUCCAUGGAUUAAAACCUCAUCUGUCAGGCGGCGCUGCUGGAUGAGCUGGUCAUUGUGCAGACAUGAGAGGACCAAUAAGGAUGUGAAGAUGUCCCAGAAGACAUGUAAAACAUGGUGCCUUAGGCUUCUCCCAGUUGUCCUCCUCUUUGUGUCCUUUGUCACGUACUACUAUUCCUACACCACUCUUCUGAGCUCUGACGUCACCGGCAAGCUUAUGAACAGUAGCAAGUCGCUGUGCGGUGGCUGGCUAACCCAGAAAAAGUGGGAGAGCCUUAACUUCAACAUUAGCAGACAGACGCAGCUUUUUCUGAGACUGCAGGAUUUCUUUUGGAAGGACCAUCUGUCAAAGCAGGCAUUACCUUAUGGCAUUAAAGGCAGCGAGGAGCAGCUACUUGUUCAAGUUCUUGCCGUCACUGCAAAUGAUCAAAUGCCAGCUAAUCUUGAAAACCUUGAAUGCAGAACCUGUGUCGUUGUGGGCAACAGCUUCGUCAUUAAAAACAGCUCUUUGGGAAGCGUCAUCAACAAGUACGACGUGGUCAUUCGGUUAAAUGAUGCCCCAGUAAGGAGCUACGAGGACGACGUGGGGAGCAAGACCACCAUGAGGUUCUUCUACCCGGAGUCAGCCUCCUCGGACCCCGGCGUGCACAACGAGCCGGGCACACUCAUGGUCCUGGUGCCUUUCAAACAGCAAGAUCUACGGUGGCUCAAAGAGAUCCUCUAUGACGAAAAGAGGGUCAGGAAAGGCUUCUGGAAGCCUCCUCCCCAAAUCUGGUCGGGCGACGUCAGUAAGAUCAGAGUGCUGGACCCUCACUUUUUGCACCAGACCGCAGAGAAACUGCUUCGGAUCCCUUUCCAGCCGAAGGGGAAACAGAGUCCUGUACAUCCUACCACGGGUCUUUUGGCUGUCUUUGUGGCCCUCAACUACUGUGACGUGGUUCACAUCGCCGGAUUUGGAUACCCAAAUUCAAAGAACCCACGGCAGCCUAUACAUUACUAUGGACAGGACACCAUGAAAUCUAUGAAGAAUUCCUACCACGACCUCAACCACGAAGCUGAAGCCUUAAAGAGACUGCAGGAGUUGGGAGCCAUUCUGUACCUGCACCCAUGAUGACGCCACCGAUCGGUCCACCCCACCACCACCACCACCGUCAGAAACAUAUUAACCAUAACUGAUAACCAACUUCUCUUUGGUGUUGGCUUAGCUCUGGAGAAAUUGUUCAUGUGCCUUCCGCAUUGGGAAACGGGACUCUUAAGCUGGUGAUGACUGUCACAGAGGCAGCCGCGAUGAGCUUUAAGCUGAAACAUGCGGGAAGAGAUUUAGCUCCUUUGAAAAAGGUCUUAUUCCAGCACUGGGGCUCAGCCUUUUGCAUAACUUUUUUUUGCGACUUGCUGUUUUUCUGAAUGACAACUUUAAAACCCUAAAAUCCACGGGAAUAUGUUCACAAGACAGGCUCUGAAGAGGUGACCCAUUUCUCUCUCAGUGAGACAAACCUGAUUUUGGGUAGUUCCAGGCUCUGAUGUUAUUCGUCAGACUUUGAUCUGGAAUGGACUUGUCGGGUGUUAACACAAUAGGAAACUCUCAACCUCUGUGGUUUGAUGUGCAGCUCACACAGGGGCUCAUCUUUCCAUAGUUUUCACUUGUAUCUGUGGGGCAAAAACAAUGAUUAAUCUGGCAUCUUUUUGUUUUUUUAUUUUUUUUAUUUCAAAUUUUUACUUUUCCACCAAGGUUAACAAUUGAUUUUCAAGACAGCUGCUUUUUCCUCUGAACACAAAAAUGUGUUUUAGAGUCUGCACGGGGUGGGGGUUCACAUUCAACGCUCUAGAAUUAAAAGUGAGCUCCUUGAUUGAUUGAUUUUACUUUUAGACUCCUGGGGCUGAAAGCACCAGCUGUACUUGCUCAGUUCCUUAGUUUUGGAUACAAUAAUUGUGUGUGGUGACGGUGUCGUUUAAUUUAUUUAAUUGCAACUUGUUUUCUUCAAACACAAACUACUCCACUGGAUUUUUUUUUUAAUGUAUGGUAUGUAAUACAUUUUUAAAUUAAAGGUGAUCUGAAUUGACCUCAUUUUACUUUUGGUUAAUUAUAUAUUUUUUUCUU